CUAAAAAAACACAAGGUAGGCUCCACAGGCCAACCGUCAUAAGGACGAAGAUAGGCGCAGCUGUGCGAGAGGAGGGAGAGAGGAGAGAGGAAGAGGAAGGGAGAGGAAGAGGAGGGAGGGACCCUGCCUGCCACCUAACGUUGUCGUUGGUGCGUGUGCUAGCCAGCCCAGCGAGCUUUCUCGACUCUCCCAUUCACCUUCAGCGGCACCCACGAGAAGUAGUUGUCCUGUCAAGGGUGGGGUGAUGCCUAAGAGCUCUGUGUUCUUCAUCUCUGCUAAAGAGCUCUGUGUCCUUCAUCUCUGCUGAAUUUCCCCCAAAAGAAAGGAGAAGGCUUUGCGCCGAGCGAGCAGACAUCACUUCACUAGUCUUUGGGAGGAUGGAGUGGUUGCAGUGGGCUAGCAAGUCCUGAUUUUUUUUGUGUGUGUUUUUUUUUUUUACACCAUUAACAUGUGCUUAAUGCAAAUGUAGGAAGGAAUGGGAAGAUGAGAACCUUAUGAAGAACAAAGCUUUGAGCACAAACUGGACUCUCUCAGAGUGGAACCCGCAUCUUGGAUCUUACAUGCCUUUGAAACAUACAGAGUCCUGUUGAAGACCCUUUCCCCCUCCUCCCCACUAUCUUUAACCACUUUUUAUGCUCAUGUAUACAAGUACAGAAGCGUUGAUCCGAGGUAGCUGGCCCCAUUUUUGUUUUUAUUUUUUACUUUCACCUUUUGUUCCUUUGUAAAGAAAUGCUUUACCUGAAAAAGUACUUCACAGAGGGCCUGAUUCAGUUCACCAUCCUUCUGAGUCUCAUUGGGGUGCGGGUGGACGUUGACACCUAUCUAAGCAAUCAGCUGCCCCCACUGAGAGAGAUCAUCCUGGGCCCUAGCUCAGCCUACACCCAGACACAGUUUCACAACCUGCGCAACACGCUGGACGGCUAUGGCAUCCAUCCAAAGAGUGUGGACCUGGACCAUUUCUUCACGACUCGACGGCUGCUGAACCAGGUGCGCCAACUGGAUCGCCUCUCCGUGCCCAGCACCGAGCUCAACACCUGGCUAGUGCAUCGUGACUCUGAGACUGUGGUAUCCACCAGCAGCCAGUCCGGCCCCAGCAUCACCCUGGACAAUGGGGCCGGCCUAGAGGACGUUAACAACCCUGACGCUACCCCGGCCAUGAGGGGAGGAAGCGGAGCACCUGAAUCCACGUACAACCUGAACGCAGCGGACAGCAGCCUGGGAGCUGUGGCCCCAGAGGGCAACCAGGAACAGGGCAGCAGGGACGGCAAUGACGACCUCACCAAAGAGGACAUUGACUUGAUUGACAUCCUAUGGCGACAGGACAUCGACCUCGGUGCAGGAAGAGAGGUGUUCAACUACAGCAACCGUCAGAAGGAGAGUGAGGAGGAGAAGCCCAGCCCACAGGAAAACAAAGACGGGAAUGAGGAACAAGAGAGCUGGAGAAAUGGAGUGAACUUACAAGGGGCGCAGCCGGUGGACGGGGAGACGGGAGAGAGCAUUCCAGAGCAGCUCCCAGGUAUUGGCUCACAGACUUCACUGUCUCUACAAGAAUGUUUGAGGCUGUUGGAGGCCACUUUCCCUUUUGGAGAAGAAUCUGAGUUUCCAGCCCCAGUUGUCACCCCGGAAAUAGUUUCCAAUGAAGCUCCUUCCACAUCUCAGGGCCUUCCUCUGGCACCACAGCUGCCCCCAGCAGAGCCACAGUUAGACCUGGAACAGCAGUGGCAAGAUAUAAUGGCCAUCAUGGAACUACAAGCGAUGGAAGUGAACAACACUUCGAUAAACUCCGACUCCAGCAGUGUCAGUUCCACAAGUGGGACAACCGAGUCCAGCACCGCAGGAAACUUUGAACUUUCUACUGGCUCAACACCAGUGAACCAGGAUGUCAGCCUUCACCAGGCCUCCCUCCCCAGCUGCAGCCAAGACUUCCCUCAGAUGUUCAGUCCCCAGAUGGACUCUGUUAGCAUCACCCCAGGAACCCCCAUGCCCAGACUCUCUUCCAGCAACUCCAGCAACAUCAACUCCACGUUUGGAGCCACUAACCUGACCGGGAUCUUUCUCCCACCACAGAUCAACAGUUCUAGUAACAACAUAACAUCCACGCCUAUCCUGCCCGAUCCAUUCAGCACCCUGCUGGAGGAGUCCAUGCUCGAUGAGAUCAGCUUGCUGGACCUUGCCAUGGAGGAGGGCUUCAGCCAGGCUCAAGCUUCCCAGUUGGAGGAUGAGCUUGACUCAGAUUCUGGUCUUUCUCUGGACUCCAGCCACAGCCCAGCAUCCCCAAGCAGCUCUGAGACGUCCUGCUCGUCCGCAGCAUCUUCCUCAUCAACGUCUGCCACCUUCUCGGAGGAGGGAGCUGUGGGGUACAGCACCGACUCUGAGGUGGCCACUGUAGAGCCAGAGGAGGGUGCUGUUGGGGGUUAUCAGCCGGGGUACAGUAAGCUCUGCCGUAUGAGCUAUCAGGACCCCUCCCAGUUCCACGGCCUCCCUCAGCUCGACGGCAUCAGCCACAAUCAUACUUACAACCUGCCACUCUCAUCUGCGUUUUCUGAGCACCCAGAGCUCCCCAUUUCAACCGGGAAGAAGACUGUCCGCGACAAACAGCACUCCAAGCUUCAGCCUCAUCAGGACUUGCUCGACAAGCACGCAAGCCGCGAUGAACGCCGAGCCAGAGCCAUGAAGAUCCCCUUCUCCAAUGAAAAGAUCAUCAAUCUGCCUGUGGAAGAGUUCAACGAGCUCCUAGCCAAGCACCACCUGAGUGAAGCCCAGCUCGCCCUCAUCCGCGACAUCCGCAGGCGCGGCAAGAACAAGAUGGCGGCCCAGAACUGCCGCAAGCGCAAGCUGGACACCAUCAUCAACCUGGAGCAGGGUGUCCAAGACCUGCGGCGCGACAAGGCCCGUCUGCUGAAGGAGAAGAUGGAGUUCAUCCGUUCCCUCCGGCAGAUGAAGCAGAAGAUGCAAAGUCUUUACCAAGAGGUGUUCACUCAGCUACGGGAUGAGGAGGGCCGGCCCUAUCCUCCCAGCGAGUACUCGCUGCAGUACAGCGCCGAUGGCAGCGUGCUGAUCAUGCCCCGCGGCGUGACAACCGCUGAGCAGAACCGUAAGCCCGAGAAAAAACAAAAAGACAAAAAGAAGUGAGGGGGGCAAACUGCUGUUUAUUCUAUAACUUUGCUAAAUCAAUAAGAAAGAUUUCUGCAGAUGCAAGAGAGAUGUCCUUUUUUCCUUUAAGAAGAUUCUGGUGAGUAGAAAAAUGGCAUUGUUGACUACUCUUCCUGCAUUAGUUUCUCUCUUUUCAUUCUGUUCCUACGUUAUUUUCCUGGAGACGACUUUGAAGCAGAAGUAGCUCUUCGUUUGAGUACUGAUAUUUCAUUAUUUAGAUGGGGGGGAAAACAAUAAGCAAAGAGAAGAGGGAUCUAAAAGGACAUAAAAUGAGCUAUUAGAGAAAAAUUUUAGCUGCUCUUGAUCCUUUUGCACCAAACCACUGAGGACGAAGAUUUGUAGGGUAAAACAAGGGACUGGUAUCGAGAAAGGUGGGAGUCAAGGAACACUGUCAACAAAGAAUGGUGGGAAUACCUAUGCACGGAAGGUUUUAAAGGACUAUCAGAUCACACCCCACCCUGGAGACUUUUAGUGAUUUUCGUAGUCACUGAGGCUUUUAAGUUGCAAAUCUUCAGGCAGCGUCUACGGUUGCGAGAGUUUAGAUACCAAAGGUUAAAGGAAGUCCAUCAUUUUAGGAUGCCAUUAACGCCAAUACUAACCAAAGGUUGUAAUGGUGCACAUCUCUUGAUCUGAAUACAUCUUAAAUGCUCGAACACUGCACUCUAAUCCUGUAAGUGUGUGUGAGUCGCAAAAACUCCAGUUAUUUGAGUCAGUUUGUGUCGGUUGCAUCUAAGUUCAGAAAGCCCUUAAGAGAUCGGGUUUGACGCGCGAGGAGGAGGAUGUUGAAACGCGAAGGAGUCGGAGGCUGAGGGUUCCCGGGCUGGCCACUGCUAAAAGAGGCCUGGAGGUGAGAGUCCUGUAAGAGGGGCAGAUGGAGUUUUAUUCUUGUUUUGUUUUGGGAGGAGGCACACUGCAUUGCUAAAUGUAUCAACUUCCUUAUAAAUUAUACAUAGCACUGUAAUUUGUCUUUAAAAAGGCUUGGCUAUAUGCAUUUUGCCGUGUCUGUCGCUAUUCCUUCGCUGCAGGUUUAAAUACGGGAGCUGCGUUUAGGAAGGCUCUUAUUAACUGUUCAUAAUCUGUAGUAUAAGCAAGGUUAUAGGUCUAGCCACAUCAGCUUUAUGUAAAAGUCUACACCCUCUUUGUUUUAUUUUAAAAACUUCACACGGAGCCUGUAAUCAUAAGAGGGAUUGAAGAGACUGUGAUGGGCCAGGAGCUUCGGAGAGUACUGUAUGAUUACCACCAGCUCCCGGCUGUCACAGAUCAAAGUUAUGGAUUAUUUGUUGCUUUUUCAACUUAAAACCGGCUCAGUUGUCGCUGUGGUGUAGCGAUAUCCCUUUUAAGUAACUUAUUUGCCAAUGUUACCCAAUUGAAAGCCACUGGAGGCCAUUUUUUAACUGCUGUAAAAGCCGAGGUGUUGGCUUAAAUAUUAUGAGUUCUAUGUUAUUAAGUUUUUGUGUUGAUAACAAAGUGAGCCAAGUUGUUAAAUGAGAUUAAAGUUAUUUGAAUGCGUGAUACGACGGUGUGUGCUGUGGCCACUUUGAUUUGAAUGCCUUUUUAUUUCACAAUCUCAUUACCUUUCACUUUAAAUGUUUUGAGAACUGGAGAAAAACCUGUUCUCAAAGUAGAAGUGCUAUUACUUGUCUAUUUGAAUGAGGUUUGUCAGUACAUGUACACAUCACCCUCUUUUUAAAAAUGGAAAAAAAUAAAUAAAAAUAGGUCCGUUGUUGCAGCUGAGAUAGCGGUUAGGCUAGAACAUUUACAAGAGGCAGAACAGAACCUGCAAACAUUAAGAUGAUGUCCAAAAAAAUCGUUUUUGAAUGGAGAAAUGUCCUCGUUAAAUGUGAUCUUCUGGCAUGAAACUCUGGUUAACAUUCACUUCAGUGUAACCCAGUGCGACACCAACUAUUUAGUACUGCUACUACUUAGUGCACUUUCUUUAUUUUAUUUUCGUCUGUCUUGUUAUGUAAAUAUUUUCAUGUUUGUGUUCGUCAUGAUUUCUGUAGUUUGUCAAAUGUCUCCAUAACAGUCUCACCCUCUGCUUUUGAGUUUGGAUGUAGUUCCCUCUGUUUUGAGAUAUUUGCUGGCAAUCAAGAAUUGUUUUUAUUGAUUAAUAAAGUGUUUUUAUUUUCACCCGUGA